AUGGCAAUGGCAGCAGCAUCAGCGAAAAACCGGAACGCCCGGUUACCACCCGAGGUAAAUCGAGUAUUAUUUGUGAGAAAUCUUCCAUUUAAUAUUACUUCUGAAGAAAUGUACGAUAUUUUUGGAAAGUAUGGUGCAAUACGUCAAAUUCGGCUAGGAUGUGAAAAAGAUACACGCGGAACAGCAUUUGUAAUAUAUGAAGAUAUAUUUGAUGCGAAAGCUGCUUGUGAUCAUCUUAAUGGUUUCAAUGUUAUGGGUAGAUAUCUUAUUGUACUUUAUUAUCAACCUAAUAAAGUUACUAAAAAGAUGAACCUCCAGAAAAAAGAAGAGGAACUAAGAGAAUUGAAGAGUCGAUAUGGAAUACCUGAUCAGGAUUAA